AUGUUCCACAGACGUAAGAGGCCUUUUGAUACAAGGUAUUCCGGCUAUGGUAGCAAAAAAUUAAAGUUGCAGUAUUCUGAUAUCCUACCUGACUUCAGACCAUCCGGCCUAUUGGAGCUGGAUUCUAAUAAUAAGGAGGGUAUAGCUUUGAAGCAUGUGGAGCCGCAAGACGCUAUUUCUCCAGAUGAGUACAUGGAUAGGUUGGGCUUGGAUCCGCGAGAUAGGACUGUCUAUGAACUGAUAGUGUACAGAAAGAAUGACAAGGAUAAGAUGCCGUGGAAAAGAUAUGAUUUGAAUGAGAAGAGCUGUUAUUUAGUCGGUCGUGAGCUGGGUCGCAGUCUGGACGCGGCUUCUGACGAUAGGAAGGAAACGGUGGUCGCAGAUAUAGGUAUACCCGAAGAAACAUCAUCGAAGCAACACUGCGUUAUCCAGUUUAGAAACGUUCACAAUGCUUUGAAAUGCUAUGUCAUGGAUUUGGACUCCUCCAAUGGCACCUGCUUGAAUAAAGUUGUGGCGCCUAGGGCCAGGUACAUAGAACUACGAAGUGGUGAUGUCCUGACCCUUACGGAAUUCGAAGAGGAUACGGAUUAUGAACUUGUUUUUAUGAAUGUAUAA